AUGGAGUAUGCUGUCUUACCGUUACGUCUUAAACAAUUAAAAUUAUCAAAAGAAAAAACUGUAGAAUUCAUUACAAAUGUUAUUGAUAGUGAUAAAAAAAUUCCACAGUUAAUAGAUUCUUCAAAUUUCAAAACCUUGACAUAUUUAGAAAGAAUAGAUUCAAGUUUCAAAACUUCUACAUAUUUAGAGAGCUUAGAUUCUUCAAAUAAUAAUGGUCGACAAAGCACGCAUCCCGAAAAUAUUCCUAUACAAACUGAAAAUGGAAAUAGUUUAACAUGCCCAAGAACCUUGGUUUUUUCGAUUGAUAAUGGCCGACAAAGAAGGCCUAUCGAAAAUAUGCGCACAUUAACUGAAGAUGCAAAUACUUCUGGAAAAAAACGACAGAUAAAUAAUUUCAUUACUUAUAUCCAAAAUCCAUUAGUUUUUCAAAGGAUUUUUCAAUUUAAUAUAAAUUUGCAAAUUCAAAAUUUACAACGCACAAAAACGAGAAAAUACAUUACUGGUUACGCUUUAUUCAAAAAAAGAAUUGUUGAAGAAGGUCUUUUAAUAAAUGUAACUAAUGUCAUGGUUAUUGGACCUUCCACAAAUAUAAUAUGGAGGAGUUUGACUCGCGCUGAAAAAGAAAUAUUCCUUAAUUAUGCACUACAAAUUCGUUCUAAUGCCACAAUUAGAAAUAAAUUCAAACGGUCAUCUUUGGCCAG